UCCACCCGCACCUCCAGCUCCAGCUCCAGCUGCUGCGCGUCCUGGAGCGCGCGCCGUGCGCGGGUCGGACCCGUCCUGCGCUGAGGGAGGAUUAACGUCCCGCGAUGCCGGUGCGGCGGGGCCAUGUGGCCCCCCAGAACACCUUCCUGGACACCAUCAUCCGGAAAUUUGACAGUCAAAGUCGAAAGUUCGUCAUCGCCAACGCCAGAGUGGAGAACUGCGCCAUCAUCUUCUGCAACGACGGCUUCUGCCACAUGUGCGGCUACUCGCGGGCGGAGAUCAUGCAGAAGCCGUGCACCUGCAACUUCCUGUACGGGCCCGACACCAAGCGGCUCGCCAUCGCCCAGAUGGCGCAGGCCCUGCUGGGCUCCGAGGAGAGGAAGGUGGAGAUCAACCUCUACAGGAAGGACGGCGGGAACGACCCCCCUGACCCUCCCCCGACCCCCCCGACCCCCCUGACCCCCGGUCGCUCGGAGCCACAUGUGACACAGCUGCAGUCUUGGCUCCUGAGCCUGACCGGCUCCUCCGGCUCGCCCUGUACUCCCAGGCCGCUGCCCGUCACGUGGCGCUCGCCGCCGGCGUGA